AUGAUUUACAGGGCCAUCGUCGCCGCACUGGCCCUCAGCAGCCCGGCCUCCGCUCUGUGGCCCGUGCCGAAACACUCAUCGACCGGCAACGGCACGCUCUUCAUUGACCAGACGGUCCAGGUCACGUACAAUGGCGAACAGGUGCGGUGGACUCUUGAUGAUGAUGACGCCGGACUCCGGGACUAUGCUGAGACCAGGAUCGAUAACCAACAGGUGGCCUACACGGCCGGCUACGUGCCGCCCAGCGGGCCGCACUUCACCAGCCGCGACAUCGUCCAGGGCGGGCUCUCGCGCACCUUUGGCGCCAUCUUCCAGCAGGGCUUCGUGCCGUGGAUGCUGCGGGAGCGAGACUCGGACUUUGAGCCGGACCUUGAUGGGACGCGCAUCCGGACACUGCAGAUCAUUCAGACGCAGCACGACAGCCCGGACACCUUCAAGCCCCUGAGCGGCUCCGUGAAUGAGUCGUAUGCGCUGGACGUCGAUGCCAAGGGCCACGCCUCCCUCGUUGCGCCGUCGUCAACUGGUAUUCUUCGCGGCCUGGAAACGUUUUCGCAGCUCUUUUUCAAGCAUAGCUCUGGAACUGCCUGGUACACGCAGCUUGCGCCUGUCUCGAUUCGUGAUGAGCCCAAAUACCCUCACCGAGGUCUUCUGCUGGAUGUGGGCCGCCACUGGUUCGAAGUCUCUGACAUCAAGCGCACGAUCGAUGCCUUGUCCAUGAACAAGAUGAACGUGUUGCAUCUGCACGCAACUGAUACGCAGUCUUGGCCACUGGAGAUCCCCUCUCUGCCUUUGCUGGCCGAGAAGGGCGCCUAUCACAAGGGCCUGACUUAUUCUCCGAGUGAUAUCGCCAGCGUGCAGGAGUACGGUGUCCACCGAGGCGUCCAAGUGAUCGUGGAGAUUGACAUGCCGGGCCACGUUGGAAUCGACAAGGCGUAUCCGGGUCUCAGCAACGCAUAUGGCGUGAAUCCGUGGCAAUGGUACUGCGCACAGCCUCCCUGUGGAUCGUUCAAGCUGAACAACACCGACGUCGAGAAAUUCAUAGAUAAGCUGUUUGACGAUUUGCUUCCGCGCUUGUCGCCGUAUUCGGCCUAUUUCCACACCGGCGGUGACGAGUACAAGGCGAACAACUCGCUGCUUGAUCCGGCACUUCGCACGAACGAUGUUGAGAUUCUGCAGCCGAUGUUGCAGCGAUUCUUGGAUCACACACACAAGAAAGUGCGUGAGUUGGGACUGGUUCCCAUGGUCUGGGAGGAGAUGAUUCUGGACUGGAACGCGACUCUGGGGAAGGAUGUUGUUGCCCAGACGUGGCUCGGCCAAGGAGCGAUUCAGAAGCUCGCCGAGGCCGGACACAAGGUAAUUGACAGCAGCAACCAGUUCUACUACCUUGAUUGUGGUCGUGGAGAGUGGCUUGACUUUGCCAACGGCGCCCCCUUCAAUAACAACUACCCUUUCCUCGAUUGGUGCGACCCAACCAAAAACUGGAAGCUCAUGUACUCUCACGAUCCUACAGACGGUGUAUCCGACGAUCUCAAGAGCUUCGUCAUCGGCGGCGAAGUGGCCGUCUGGACAGAGACCAUUGACCCGACCAGCCUGGACACCAUCAUCUGGCCGCGAGCAGGAGCUGCAGCAGAGAUCUGGUGGUCGGGCAAGACGGAUGAGCACGGCGCAAAUCGAUCGCAGAUUGACGCGCGGCCAAGACUGUCAGAACAGCGGGAGCGGAUGCUGGCGAGGGGGGUGAGGGGGACGCCGAUUACACAGUUGUGGUGUAGUCAAGUUGAUGUUCACAACUGCGAGUCCGGGAAUUACUGA